AUGUUCCCCAGAGGACACCUCAGUGGACAGCAUGAACUGCCCACCUCAGAGCUUCUCUCAUUCACGGCCAAGAGGCGGGAUCUGCAGAAGAAGAGGUCACAGAGCCCCGACACGGGCCAAAGCAUGUGUAAAAAGCUGCAGUGCUUAGAGGGGCCCGAGGAUAAUCCCUCACGUGACCCGUCUCCAGUUGACACCACCAGCAACAAAGCUGGCGUAGCUCCAUAUGGGGAAAGCAGAAGUUCCCAGCGCCAAGAAGACACAAUGCCCAGGGCGCGCGAUAGAUCUGGAAAUGAUGCCGAAGAGGGGAAGAUGGAGGACGAAGCAGCAGAGCAGGGCUCAGCUAACAUAGUGGAACACAUCCUAAAAGAGCUGAAAGGCAUCAACAAGAUACAAGAGGAGAUCUCUGACCUGCGGCAGUACCUGUCCUCCGUGCGAGGUUCAGUGGAUGAAGUAUCGUGUUGUGUCGACGCAGUGCUCAGUGAAAUCGGCGAUCUGUGCUCUGGAUCUUCAGCCGAGCCUCUCCCUAGCCCCCAAACGGCCCAUGUCAGGCGAGGAAGCCUGGGUAGACAGAACGCCAUCACAUCAAUUCAAGGUGGAGACUUCAGCCCACUGCUACAUCACAAAGAGUAUGGAAAAGGUUCAGAAUGUUUGGCACCUUACGCACUCCCCAAACACUGGCAUGGUGACAACACCACUCCCAGAUUAGUCUAUCAGACGGACAAGGUGAACUCGAACAAAUUGAUGCUAAGCUUUGCAAAACCCGACCGCUGCUAUCUGGAGCCUCAUCCUGGCCAGAACUACCACAGCACCAGCUCCCUAUCGUCAUGCCACAGCCCUGAAUUCCUUUCAGGUGAGACAGAAUGUGACAGGUGGCCCUCUGGCGACAUGCAGCACAGCAUAAGUGCCGAGGGAGGUUGGAGCGAGGAGGACAUCUCCUCUUGUGCGAACAGCGGAGAAGAACUGGAGAACUGCCUGGGCGUUUGGAACCGGUGCACCACGGAGGAGACGCAAAGCAGCACACAUUCCUCACGCACCAGCUCUGAGCACCUCUCACUGUUAUUUGGAAAGCAGUACAAUUCUCCCUCGAGUUCCUCCAGCAUGGUGGACUGGAGGCCUGUCCGAAAUCAGACCGAGGAAGAAAACUUGGAGUGUGACUGUGCUGCAAACUGCCCUUUCUCGCGUAGUUCUGGGUACCACACCAUGGAUGCCUGUGCCAAUGACAUCGGCUGUGGGCCCUCGCGGAGCCUGAGCUGCUCGACCGUGAUGCUAACCGACUGCGACGAAGGUUACCUGGAGCCACAUUCACCGUGCGAUGACUGUCCGUCCUCUGGGGACACACUUGACCUGGGAUCUGCAGAUAGUUUGGACAGGGAAUGGACAGAAAAUAGCAGAGAGGAUCCAGGGGAAUCUUUUUCACUAGAGUCGUCCGAAUUGGAUUCGGAGAGCAUACCCAAACCCCCCAAUGUGGGUUUUGAUGUAAUGACUUUUAGCAAGGCCGUGUUCACUUUUAGGAGUGCUUUGAAAGGGGCUUUGAGGAAGCUGGAAGGAUCCAACGAUGAUGAGACUGAGGUACCUUCAUCCCCAGCCAGACAGUCCGGUGAACCAAAGGAAAAGCAAGGCAGUGCUGUGGACACACAGGAGGAGGAUAGUCUGACAGACAAUCACAUUCAGUUUGACUCUCUAAAAGAGAGCAGUGAGACUUCGGUCUACGUGGAUUGUGUAGAGAGUCUGUCCUUCUCCCUACAAGCGUCACCCUAUAAGGCAACCCAGAGUGAAACUUGCUCAGCAGAGAUUUUAGAUAAAGGAGAAGAAAAUCCAACGGAUGGGGAAAUGUCCAGCUUUGACCUGACACCAAAGCACAGUCCCGCCAUGCAGAGUCCCCUACCCGGCACCGAUGAGGCCAGGUUGAGUCCAAUCAGUGAAAACCUCGUCCAUGACGAAACAAACCACAAAAGGCCAACCGACGCCAGCCACAGAGAACGCAUAGCUAAUUUCCAGCGCAUUCUGAAGGAGAAGCGGCGAACUCGUCACAGGCUCUCAAAAUCUGCUCACGGUUCCCAGGGAUCCCAUGGCUCUCAAGGGUCCCAGGGGUCCCAAUCACAAGAUGAAUUUACCCCAGAGUUUGGGAGAGAAGAUGAUCAGGUCCGAGAUGUGGAACCAAGUACUAGACAGGCCUGGGUCAAACCGGGCGGUGGAUCCGGUCUGUACGGGAUUGACAGCAUGCCUGACCUGCGUAAAAAGAAGCCCAUCCCCUUGGUCAGCGAUGUGUCACUUGUCCAAGCCAGGAAGGCAGGGAUCGCUUCUGCUAUGGCUGCGAGGUCCUCAUUCAAAGACGAAGAGCUGAAAACCCAUGUUUACAAGAAGACCCUGCAGGCUCUUAUCUACCCCAUAUCCUGCACGACACCGCAUAACUUUGAGGUGUGGACGGCCACCACGCCCACGUACUGCUACGAGUGCGAGGGGCUGCUGUGGGGAAUCGCGCGUCAGGGGAUGCGCUGCUCCGAGUGCGGGGUCAAGUGCCACGAGAAAUGUCAAGAGCUGCUGAAUGCCGACUGCCUGCAGCGGGCUGCGGAAAAAAGCUCCAAGCAUGGGGCCGAAGACCGGACUCAGAAUAUCAUCAUGGCCAUGAAGGACAGAAUGAAGAUCAGGGAGAGGAACAAACCGGAGAUCUUUGAGCUGAUCAGAGAAGUCUUUGUCAUCAGCAAGGCCCUUCACGCCCAGCAGAUGAAAGCUAUCAAACAGAGCGUGUUGGAUGGAACCUCAAAGUGGUCAGCCAAGAUCACCAUCACUGUUGUUUGCGCUCAAGGACUUCAGGCAAAAGACAAAACAGGAUCCAGUGAUCCGUAUGUCACAGUUCAAGUGGGCAAGACAAAGAAGAGAACCAAGACCAUUUAUGGCAACCUUAACCCUGUUUGGGAAGAAAAGUUCCACUUUGAGUGCCACAAUUCUUCAGACCGGAUCAAAGUGCGUGUGUGGGAUGAAGAUGAUGACAUCAAGUCCAGGGUGAAGCAGCGUCUGAAGAGGGAGUCUGAUGAUUUCCUGGGACAGAGUAUCAUUGAAGUUCGAACGCUGAGCGGAGAAAUGGACGUCUGGUACAACCUGGAAAAGAGGACGGACAAGUCAGCCGUGUCGGGCGCCAUUCGCCUCCAAAUCAAUGUGGAGAUCAAAGGAGAGGAGAAAGUAGCUGCAUAUCACGUGCAGUACACCUGUUUGCAUGAGAAUCUGUUCCACCAUUCAACUGACGUGCUGGGUCAAGGUGCGGUGAAAAUCCCCGAGGCCCGCGGAGACGAUUCAUGGAAGGUCUACUAUGACGAUGUCGCUCAGGAAAUAGUUGAUGAGUUUGCCAUGCGUUAUGGGAUUGAAUCAAUCUACCAGGCCAUGACACACUUUGCCUGCCUCUCAACGAAGUACAUGUGUCCUGGUGUUCCUGCGGUGAUGAGCAGCCUGCUGGCUAAUAUCAACGCCUUCUAUGCCCACACAACAGCAUCCACAAAUGUGUCCGCCUCCGACCGUUUUGCUGCUUCUAAUUUUGGGAAAGAACGCUUUGUCAAACUCCUGGACCAGUUACACAACUCCCUGCGCAUUGACCUGUCGACUUACAGGAACCACUUCCCUGCCAGCAACAAGGAUCGCCUGCAGGACUUAAAGUCCACUGUAGACCUUCUAACCAGCAUCACAUUUUUCAGGAUGAAGGUCCAGGAGUUACAGUCUCCACCCAGAGCUAGCCAGGUUGUAAGGGACUGUGUGAAAGCCUGUCUGAACUCCACCUAUGACUACAUCUUCAAUAAUUGCCAUGAGCUGUACAGCAGGCAGUACCAGCCUGCGGAUGCAAAUAAAGAGGAGCUACCUUUGGAAGAACAAGGCCCAAGUAUCAAGAACCUGGACUUCUGGCCUAAGCUCAUCAUGCUUAUUGUCUCCAUUAUUGAGGAGGACAGGAACUCCUACACGCCUGUGCUCAAUCAGUUCCCCCAAGAACUGAAUGUGGGAAAGGUGUCAGCUGAGGUCAUGUGGACACUGUUUGCUCAGGACAUGAAGUAUGCUAUGGAAGAACAUGAGAAGCACAGGCUGUGUAAGAGCACAGACUACAUGAACCUGCACUUCAAAGUCAAGUGGCUCUGCAAUGAAUACGUCAAGGAGCUGCCCAACUUUAAGGGCGUGGUUCCCGACUACCCAUCAUGGUUUGUGCAGUUCGUUCUGCAGUGGUUGGACGAGAACGAGGACGUGUCAAUGGAGUUUAUGCACGGAGCACUGGAGAGGGACAAAAAAGAUGGAUUCCAGCAGACGUCGGAGCACGCCCUGUUCUCCUGUUCUGUGGUGGACAUCUUCACCCAGCUCAAUCAGAGCUUUGAGAUCAUCAAGAAGCUGGAAUGUCCAGAUCCCAGUGUCAUGGCUCAGUACAGCCGCCGCUUCUCCAAGACAAUUGCCAAGGUUCUUCUGCAGUACAGUGCCAUUCUGACCAAGAGUUUUCCCUCUUACAUUGAUAAGGAGAAUAUUCCCUGCGUCCUCUUGAAUAAUGUGCAGCAGCUAAGAAUUCAGCUGGAGAAGAUGUUUGAGUCCAUGGGUGCCAAACAGAGUGAAAAGGCAACUGAAGAUAAAAAGAUGGACAUGGAAGCCAGCGACUUGCUGAACGACCUGCAGGUGAGACUGAACAACGUGCUGGACGACCUCAGCGGCACUUUCGGAAACAGUUUCCGGAGCCGCAUCAACGACUGCAUGCGGCAGAUGGCGUCCCUGCUGUACCAGAUCAAAGGCCCGCUCAACGAAAACACCAAAACCCAGGUGGAGGCCGACUCGGACAACAUGCUGCGGCCGCUAAUGGAUUUCCUGGACGGAAAACUGACUCUGUUUGCCACCGUCUGUGAGAAGACCGUGUUGAAGCGUGUGCUCAAAGAGCUGUGGAGGAUCGUAAUGAGCAGCUUGGAGAAGACCAUUGUCCUGCCGCAGGGCAAUGACACCUUCGGAGCCCAGAUCCUGUCAGCAGCUAAAGAACUUGGACAGCUCUCUAAACUGAAGGAUCACAUGGCAGGGGAGGCUAAAAGCCUGUCUCCCAGGCAGUGUGCAGUCAUGGAUGUGGCAUUGGACACGAUCAAGCAAUACUUCCAUGCAGGAGGCAACGGGCUGAAGAAGGCCUUCCUGGAGAAAAGCGCUGAGCUGUCCUCACUGCGCCAUGCUCUGUCCCUCUACACCCAAACCACAGACACACUCAUCAAGACCUUUGUGACCACGCAGCACGCCCAAGUGCACAAUGGAAAGGGUAUUAGGUUAACUCCCAAUGAAAAAGUACAGCCCAGCAGGGACUCCGGAGUGGACAAGCCCAUCGGGGAAGUGUCCCUCCAGAUCGAGCUGUACACCCAUCCAAAGAGCGGGGAGCGGAAGGUCACCGUUAAAGUCAUAGCGGCCAGCGACCUGAAGUGGCAGACAUCGGGGAUGUUCAGGCCCUUCGUGGAGGUCACCAUGAUCGGGCCUCACCUCAGCGACAAGAAGCGCAAAUUUCAGACCAAAUCCAAGAACAACAGCUGGUCCCCCAAGUUCAACGAAACGUUCCAUUUCGUUCUGGGCAACCGGGACGGCUUCGAGUGCUACGAGGUGCAGUCCUGCGUGAAGGACUACUGCUUCGGCCGGGCCGACCGCGUGGUGGGCCUGGCCGUGGUGCAGCUGCGGGACGUGGUGGAAAAGGGCAACUGCGCCUGCUGGUGCCCGCUGGGCCAGCGCAUCCACAUGGACGACACGGGCCUCACCGCCAUGCGCAUCCUCUCCCAGCGCUCCAACGACGACGUGGCCAAGGAGUUCGUCAGGCUCAAGUCGGAGUCCCGCUCUGCGGAGGAGGGGAGAUGAGGAUAGUUUAUUGUUUUAAUUCCCGAACAAGAGAAAUCGACGUACAUGCGAGGCUCAUGUCAUAAAGCAGGGACAUUUCUGUAGCUUUUUUUUUUUUUAAAUCUUUUAUUAUUUUUAGACCUCUGACGUGUCUUAGCCACUGCCGAGUCCUCGUGGCAAGCUCACAAAACCCCACUGUUAAACUGUUCAAUUGUCCAACACUCGCAGUUUUCCGUGUUCCUCAAUUCCCCCGACCGCCGUCCAGCGCAUAGCUCCGGUUCGGCCCACACCGGGCUCUGACCACAGCACCUUCUCCAUCCGUCAGAAAAAGGAACAGUCUGUCCGCUUUAGGGCCUUCCGAUGGGGGGGAAGGAUCCCAGCUUUUGCCACUUCCUGCCAGAGGGCCUGAUACGUCCCCAACACCUUCCCAAGUGUUCUUGUGCAAUACCCCCAAACCCCCCCCCAUCCAAGUGUGGCCAAGUGUUUCGAAGCCUUAAACUCUGUAAACUGUGAAUGUGUGAAGCCCGUUAGUGUUUUUCAGCCCCUUUACGGUCUCUCCAGGGAAGGACGAGGAAGACGGCCCGGCUCGGACGCUUACUGGGACGUUUUACUGGUUUUAAGAAGGCGAUUACGGACAGCUAAUGUUUACUUGAGAUGGUACCGUAAAUAGUGACCCUAAGGCCCGCCCCACCUCUGGAAAAAAGAAUGAAUGAUUAAAUGCGUGCCUUUUCUGUCAGGCUUAGAUUUUGUGUCUCCAGCAGAGACAGCCGGUGUUCAGUCUCGGAAUACAACGACAAGUUUGACCCAGAACCUCAUGAAAAACCUAUUCUCCGUGUGCCCGAUUGGCCGUUUUCUAUUUAUUAACUCAACCAACAACUCUUGGCCCACGAGGCCCAGCGUGUCCUUGAUGCUAUAGCCAAUUUAUUUAUUUGAUUUUUACAAAUAUUUAUUCUCGUCCGUGCUCUUGAAAGCUCGGGAUUAAAAUAUGUUGUUUAUUGCCGGGUGUAAGUGUGUUUCCAUGGACGGAUUGUGUGAGAAUUUGACAGUCUGAAUGAUCUGCUGCUAUGUUACAAGGCAGUUUGGCAGAAUACCGCCCCUGAAAAAUAUCAGGAGACUAAGCAAAUCCUCCAGAUGCACGUCCUGUCGAACGUUUCCACGUCUCUACAUUCAGGGAACAGGUCUGUAGUCCAACGCCAGGAUGGGACCUUUUAGACACAAGCAUCCGGGCUGAUGACGGGAAACUAAUUUAGUUCAAAUAUUUCUUUUUUCCUCCUCUAUCCCUUACUUUUGGAAUGAGUGGCCUUAUUUAGGUGUAGAAAAAUAGCUAAUUUUGACCUUUUUAUCGUUGUGUUGGAUCUUCACUUUUUGUUUUAGCUCCCUAAAAACACAGCUCACCACACGGCUUUGUGCCCGAUGAUGUCAGGAUUGCUCCGAAUGGCUCUCCUUAACGUUUUGUACUCGUCAUUUUUCAGUGAUGUGCGCCAUGUUAACCUUUCACCACCGUCUGUUAUGUUUAGUGCUCAGUUCCUCCACUCGGUUUGGCGUAAUGUUUUCAAUGUGAGCUGAAGGAAGCAACGUGAUGGAGAAAUGUGAUGGCAUGAAUAGCUUUUUGUGCUUUUUUUCAUUUAGUUUUUUUUAACUGAUCUCCCUGUAACCACAGAAUCACACUAAUCUUUCUUACAGUUAGUAAAACCCUGUGAAUAAUUAGUGUUUUAAAGCCAUCCUGUACAUGUAAGAUGCAGGUUCUUUGUGCCAAGACGGAAGUGUUGAUUUUUUUAAAAAACCUUUUUUUUUAAAAAGUGUAUGUAUUCUUUUAUGUUUUAAACUUUUAAACGGUUAGUUCACUGCAAUAUUUAACAAGUACACUACACCGGUCACCAGUAACUGCAUUUUGUGGUGUUUUCUUUGUACUCUCACUGUUCUGAAUGUUGGUGUCACAAUGUAAACAUUCCAGUUAAUGAAUUUUGUAUAAAGUGUUUGAGAACUAUCUAUCACCUGCUCUUUUUUAUUUAUUUGAAAUGACUCUUAAAUUCUGUCACCCACUCAAGUUCACAUCCAGGAUUAAACUCCAGGCUUGAGCCUGUUUAUAAAUUAUGAUUGCAGAUGCUUUUUGGACUUUAUCGCUCCCUUUGGAACGGCUGUAUA